GUCCUUGUUUGGAAAGAAAGAAAUGAGAAUUCUCAUGGUCGGGUUGGAUGCAGCUGGUAAAACUACAAUCUUAUACAAAUUGAAAUUAGGAGAAAUCGUCACAACUAUUCCAACUAUUGGUUUUAAUGUAGAAACAGUAGAAUACAAAAACAUAAGUUUCACAGUUUGGGAUGUUGGUGGCCAGGACAAGAUCAGACCUCUAUGGAGGCAUUACUUCCAAAACACUCAAGGUUUAAUCUUUGUGGUAGACAGCAAUGACAGGGAGAGAGUGAAUGAAGCUAAGGAGGAACUUAACAGGAUGUUAAAUGAAGAUGAACUAAGAGAUGCUGUAUUACUAGUCUUUGCUAAUAAACAGGAUUUACCUAAUGCUAUGAAUGCUGCCGAAAUAACUGACAAGUUAGGCCUGCACCAACUAAGGAACCGUUCAUGGUACAUUCAGGCCACAUGUGCCACUAGUGGAGAUGGAUUAUACGAAGGACUAGACUGGCUGUCAAAUACAUUAAAAAAAAGCCAAAACUAACAAUUUGAUCACUAGAUAAUAUUGGGGCAAAGAACACACACCGGGGUUAUAAUCCAGUAAAAAUUCCAUUAUUUAAAUAACUCAACUUUGAGAGACAGAAGUGGCGUGUAGGGAGAUUUUUUAUACUAAACUUAUUAUGGACUGUGGACGUGCACUGUGUUUAUCAUCUACUGUCAAAUGACACCACAGAGUCAAAUGAUGCAAAGGAUAAUAACAGUUCCAGAUAGGGCCCAAUGACAGUUAAGCAAGCGCAUGAUAAUCUGCAUACUGAACAAAUUGGUUUAGAUUUGAGGUGUAAGAUAACAUACUCAUAUUGCAAUUUUUCAGGUGUAAUAUGUUAAAAAUUGUCUGGUAAAGUUUUGUCAACGAUUGGUUUCAUAUGCUCCUGAGCUUUUGAGCUUAGCAUAUAAAUUUCUGUAUUUGUUAUUAAUUCAGUGCCUUUCACUUUUUGCAAUAGGCCUACCCAAGCUUAGGCUUGAACUCCAAAUCUAUUAUAUUAUGAUGUGACUAUCUGUUUAUUCAUUUGGAUUUGGGCAAAUAUUUGAUUUGGCAUAAUUUCCACAUACACCAAAUUGCCAAAUUCAAAUUAGUAUUCAAUUAAGAACAAAUUCAGAAUGGACUUAUUAUUGUCAGUAUGUAUAUGUAUUGUGGGUUGAAUUAUUUGGAGUUUUUAACCUAUAGCAGUAUUUGUAUUUUU